AUGACCAAUGCUUGCGUUACGAAAUUUGGUGGCAUCCAUAAAGCGGCAUUUCCACUUCCCACGCGAAGGAAGUAUGGAAUUGUUUUCGUAAGAACAUUUUCAACGUGUGCUUCCCCUUUUGUGCAUUCAUCCGUACCUCUCAAUUAUCCUGUAUCGUCUUUGCUGUUGAAUGGUCGACUCACAGCAUCAGAUGCUCCCCAACGCUCUGAUGAAUGGUUUGCUCUUCGCAAGGAUAAACUGACGACGAGCACCUUCAGCACUGUGUUGGGAUUUUGGAAAGGCAAUCGUCGAUAUGAACUCUGGUACGAGAAAGUAUUUGCUGAAGACGUAAAAUUUGAAGCCUCUGCAAAGAGUGCCAUGGAAUGGGGAGUUAUGAACGAAGAAACAGCUAUAGAGAGGUACAAAAGCAUCACAUGUCGUGAUGUGAGUUCGUUAGGUUUUGUCGUUCACUCAGAGGAACGAUUAGAUUGGCUCGGUGCUUCUCCAGAUGGGCUACUUGGAUCCUCUCCUGGAGGUGGAAUCCUUGAAGUGAAGUGUCCUUUCAACAAAGGGAAGCCCGAGAUGGGGCUGCCAUGGUCAACUAUGCCUUUCUAUUACAUGCCUCAAGUGCAGGGCCAGAUGGAGAUAAUGAACAGAGACUGGGUAGAUUUGUAUUGUUGGACACCGAACGGAAGCACCAUAUUUCGCGUAUGGAGGGAACGUAGUUACUGGGAAUUAAUACACGGGAUUUUACGAGAGUUUUGGUGGGAAAACGUCGUUCCAGCCAGGGAAGCUCUUCUCUCAGGGAGGGAGGAAGAAACGAAGUUGUUAAUACCGACUUCAACUCACAGACAAACAGGACUUGCCAUAGUUAAAAGCAUGAAAUUAGCAAGUGGAGUUAAGUUGCUGUGCAGGGAGAUUGCUGGACAUGUAGAAUUUUAUCGUUAA